UGUGGUAAAAUGGCAAACCAGUGGGUUUUAUAAACUACAGCGCAGAUUUUGUUGCAGGGCACAUCCGCGGCGUCAGACCUUCAAGUACUUUGUGCCAAAUCAUUACCACUUGCCACAUGAUUCUAAAUAAUGAUGGAUGCCAAGUAUGUCCUCUGCCGAUGGAAAAAGCGAUUAUGGCCUGCAAAGGUUUUGACCAGAACUGAGACAUCAACAAAACAUAAGAGAAAAAAGGAAUUUUUUCUAAAUGUUCAGAUAUUCUCCUUAGACAAAAAAAUUAAGGUGAAGAGCACAGAAGUGGAGACCCUGAAGAAGUCCAGGAUUGAAGACAUUGCCUCUUUACUGGGCCUGGCAGCCCUGCGUGAACAGCUGGUGUUUUGUACUUUGUCUCUGGUUUGGGAAGAUGUAGCCUCACAGGAUGAGGUUCCUGCCGCGCCUGUGGAGGAGCUGACCUACAGGCGGUCACUUCGGGUGGCUCUGGAUGUUUUGAAUGAGAGAACCUGUUCACGUCAGGAAAGUUCUCCCAAGGAAGAAAGCGCUGCCCUGUCUCCCAGUGAGAAGCCCCCAGAGCUGGCCUCCUCGCCUUGUGAGCCAGACUCCUCAGCUCCUCUCCACGGAGAUGGGGCGGGCAGCCUGGGGCUUGGGAGAAGAGAACACCAGCGACCUUUGGGACCGUCCGCUGGGGGAAGGGACCCCACGUGCAGAACGGAUCGAGAAAAGGGGCGUGGGAAAAGCGGGAUCCCGAGAGCCCUGCCUGUCUCUCCGGCUGAAGAUGGGUCUCGGGAUGGCAGUGGGUCGAGAACACACCGGAAAAACUGGACAGCCCCAAGUAAAAGGGGAAGAACUUCCGUGCAGGAGCCCGACUUGUGCCAGACCGGCCCUCCGCUGCCCGAGGGAGGUGGCAAGGCAGAGCGAGAGAGAAGGGCAGGCAGGUCUGCAGCCCCGCGCCAGCCUUCCAGGGCCGAGGCCGAGGACGGGGAGGAGGACUUGGGAAGCAAAGGCGAAGGCUUUGGCCUGGCUUUGCCGUCAGAUGGCUCCACUGUGCCCAUGGCCUGUCCAGAGGCCAGAUGCCACCCAGCCAAGCGGCUGUGCCCGAAUGGCAGACAGAGGCCGCGUAAGCCAUUGAAGCUGAGGCCAGCAACGUUCCCCACGCAGGGGCCCACGGGACAUCUGUCUGCUCACCACAACCCUGCAGAUGGAAAAAACCCUAGCCUUCCGGACCCCAAGAAGGCGGGCGAAGGCCCUCAGUGCUCGGGAGAGUCAGCAGAGUCUAACUCCAUUAAUUCGAUCCUGGAGGAAGAUGAGGAAGAUGAGGAGCCACCACGCAUCCUUUUAUAUCAUGAACCACGUUCGUUUGAAGUAGGAAUGCUAGUCUGGCUUAAAUACCAAAAAUACCCCUUCUGGCCAGCGGUGGUUAAAAGCAUCAGGCGAAGAGAUAAGAAAGCGAGUGUGCUUUUUAUCGAAGGGAACAUGAAUCCGAAAGGGAGAGGCAUCACCGUGUCUCUGAGAAGAUUAAAGCAUUUCGACUGCAAAGAGAAACAAGCGCUUCUGAAUGAAGCCAAGGAAGCCUUCGACCAGGCCAUCGGCUGGUGCAUCUCCCUGAUCACUGACUACAGGGUACGGCUAGGCUGCGGCUCCUUCUCUGGCUCUUUCCUGGAGUACUAUGCUGCUGACAUCAGUAAUCCCGUCCGCAAGUCCAUCCAGCGCGAUGUUUUGGGGACCAGGUUCCCUCAGCUGAGCACAGAGGACCCAGAGGAGCCAGCGGAGGGGAGCCCCUGGGGCAGGCGGCAGCCCUGCCGAAAAGUCCUGCCCGAUCGGUCUCGAGCAGCGCGAGACCGGGCCAACCAGAAGCUGGUGGAGUACAUCGUGAAGAACAGGGGUGCCGAGAGCCACCUGUGCGCCAUUCUCAAGAACCGGAAGCCAUCCCGGUGGCUGAAGACCUUUCUGAACUCUGGUCAGUACGUGACCUGCGUGGAGACCUACCUGGAGGAUGAGGAACAGCUGGACCUGGUGGUAAAGUACCUGCAAGGGAUCUACCGGGAGAUGGGCAGCAGACUGCUGACACGGGUCAACGGUGACGGGAUCCGCUUCAUCCUGGACGUCCUUCUGCCCGAGGCCAUCAUCUGCGCGAUUUCUGCUGUGGACGCAGUGGACUACCAGACAGCUGAGCAGAAGUACAUCAAGGGGCCCUCCGUCAGCUACCGGGAAAAGGAGAUUUUUGACAACCAGCUCCUGGAAGAGAGAAGCCGGAGGUGCUGAUGUGGACGCGGCUCGCGUGUCCGCUUUGGGUUGUCUUUGUCCUUCUCACCGCAUCUUCAGCUCCCGCUUGCUGGGCUCCGAGGAGCUGUUUCCUCAACUCCCUGAGAGCCAGUUCCCUUUUCCUCACUUGCUUCGGGAAGGUAUAGUUCCUGGGAGGCUUUUAAAGGACAGAAAGGCAUUCGUUUAUUUCAUAUUUUUCUAUCACUACUUGUAACUGUACUGUAUGGUUUAUUAUAAAGUAUGCUCUUUUUUUUUUAACAUUGAAAAGCAUUGUACACAAUAUUAAACGGGAGUUUGGAAAAGAACGUGAUGGGAACAUUGGGGUGCUUCUGGUCCCGUUUGCGUGGCUUGCUCCUGAGGUGACAUCCACGUGUGCUGUGCUGCUUCCUCUCUGCCACUUUGGGCAAUCUAAUCCAAAAACAAACGGAAGACCAGCUGCUUCCCCACUCCUCAGCCCUGCUGUGGCUGCCUGGGCGGCUGCUGCUCGGUUCCCUGUGGCCGGAGUCAGCUCCCCACCCCCAGGCGCCUUCGCCUGACUUCGCCUGAUCCACGCUGGGUGCCGAGCCUGCUGAGAGCUGUGUAAAGGCCGUGACUCAGCCUCACGGCCUGUUCUCAGACCACAGUCGUGGAAAUUCUGUCAAAGCCACGCCCCAGUUGGGCUAGCUGGUGUGGAAAUAACGUUUUGUGGAAGUAUAUGUUUAAGUUCAUCUUAAGACACUGCCCCUUCACUUCUGCUGUGACUGCACGGUGACGUUUGGGUGGGUUAGCGCGCCCCGCCAUGACUGGACAAGUCGUUACGGGGACGAGCGCUUUCAUGUCCCCUCACCGACUGCAGCCUCCACAGAGGGAGAUUACCAUGGACUACAGGUGAAUUGAAGAGCAGGGCAGGCUGGCAGGCUGCUGACGCAUGGCUCCCAGAGCCCGGUGUUCCUGCGUUGAUUGCGCUGAGCGCCAGGGACGGGCAGCCCAGACCCUGCCUGGCCCAGCUGUUUGCCUUGCCCUGCUGCCGUCCUUCCCAGGCGUCCCCUCUGGGUUUCUGGGUUGGGCUCCAGGGGAGGGGCCGCACUUGCUGCAAUGGCUGCCCGCUGCGCCCAGAGAGCAGUGGCACUUCAGAGGGCAGUGGCGCCAUGUCUGGUGGAGCAGCUGGCCUGUGAGGGCCAUUCUCCCCGGGACAGAGAGUACCUCCUCCCGAGGACAGGCCUGCCCCAGGGGUCCCUGAGGCUGGUUCCCACCAGCGCGCUGCAUCUGAGCGAGCUUGCGCACCCAGGCUUUCUCUUGGGUGAGGAGAUUCGGCCGGCCCCAUGGCCUGUGGGAAUGACUCUUCCUGUGAAUGGGGUAUUUCUAUGUCUGUUUCUUUGCUGUUCUUUCCCGUUCUCCAGCUUGGACUGUGGCAUUGAACUCUACAGACUGGAAUUAAAUGUCGUUUUAGAGCUCUAGCUGUGCUUUCUGAACCCCGCCUGCCCCCUCCAAGGCGACAUGCCUGCACAGGAUGCCCUGUCCGGGUGCCUGUUUAAGGUGUUACCUCAUGGGCCAUUGCAGAGCGGACCUCUGUCAGCUGUGUGGCUCCUACCCCACACCUGUC